GCGCUCGCCAUCCCCUCCUCCUCCAUCCUUUUUCUCAACCUCAACUCUCACCUCAUGUGUGCAAUGGCGCAGCCGCCGUGGCACCUCGACUCCGUCCUCAGCUUCAGCCACGACCCCGAUGGCACCCGUUACCCCGAUCCGAUCGCCCCAUACGACGCCAGCAACAGCGACGACGCGGGGUUCGAGUUCGCCUUCGCGCCGCCGCUCAUGGCUGCGGGCAACGACGCCGAGGACGACCUGUUCGAGCACCGCCGGAUCAUCCCGGCCUACCCGGUCUUCGACCGCCACCUCCUCCAUGAGCUGACGGAGCCCCAGGCGCCCUCGCCGGACACGUACUGCGCCUGGGCGCCGGGGUCGCCCGCGCGGGAGGGGCCCUUCCCCAAGAGCGCCUCCACGGGUGAGGCGCGCCGCUUCUGGCGCCCGCGCGACCUCGUCGUCGGCGCAGGUGGGCGAUCCCACAGCGACGGCAAGGAGAAGUUCGUCUUCCUGCAGCCCGCCGCCGCGACGCCGUCCAAAAUGUCCGGCAAGGCCAUAAUGGCGGCUGAGACGGUGGAAGGCAAGCAGGCCACCAAGCCUUCAGCGCCCCAGCAGCGGCAGCAGAAGCCGAGCAAGAAGAAGAGCAAGGCCGGCGCCAUGACCGAGAUGAACAUGGCCACCGCGCACAAGCUCUUCUACGGCAAGCAGCUGGUCGCCGGCGCCGGGGCCGACAGGAAGCAGCACUCGUACCUGCCCUACCGCCCCGGGAUCGUCGGCUUCUUCGCCACCGCGCACGCGCUCGGCCGGUCGCACCACCCCUACUAGCUAGCUACCGCCGGCCGCUUGCCGCGCCGAUCACUCCACUUCAAUCCGGAUCAAGCUCUCGACGAAGAAAGAUUGUUUUAUUCAAUUUUUUGGUUAAUUAAUCUUAGCCAAGUAGUUCAUCAAUUGUUCUCUCGCCAUUUUCAUGUGAAUACAAAUAGAAAUUACCGCGCGCAA